UAGAACAAACAGAGCCAGCGGGGAGGGAGGGAGAGGAGGCGCUCUUAAAGGGGAAGCGUCCCUUUUUGGAGUUGGUCGAGGGGGAUCCAGUCGGUCGAGACUAUGAGAGCCGGACGUGAUCCCAAGAGGAGAUCCCAGCCUUGGAAUAGCCUUGUGUUGGCACGGAGGGGCUUCUGCUUAGGGGCGCUGCUCGUGCUGGGCCUGUGCUGCUGGGAUGUGCUUGGAGUGGCCUCUCCUGACCAGGUGAAGCCUAUCAUUGCCAUGGAGCAGUUGCUGUGGGUGAGCGGCAACGUGAUCGGGGAGGUGAACACUUUCAGGGUCCCUCUCAUUGCAGCAACGCCUCGGGGCACCCUUUUGGCCUUCUCCGAAGCCAGGAAGCAUUCCUCCUCGGACAUCGGGGCUAAAUUUAUAGCCUUACGCAGGUCGCAGGACAAAGGUGCUACCUGGAGCCCAACUUCAUUCAUAGUUGAUGACGGCUCCUUAGCAGAUGGUCUUAACCUUGGAGCCGUGGUGGUGGAUUGGGAAAAAGACAUUGUGUUCCUGGUGUAUACUCUGUGUGCCCACUACCACCAAUGCGCCACCGCCAGCACCAUGAUCAUCCGCAGCCGUGAUGAUGGCGUCACGUGGAGUGUCCCCCGGAACCUCUCCGAAGACAUUGGCACAACCAUGUUUGCUCCUGGUCCGGGCUACGGCAUCCAGAAACACUAUGCACCCAAGAAGGGCCGUUUGAUAGUCUGUGGCCACGGGACAUUGAUGCGGGACGGGAUCUCUUGCCUCCUCAGCGAUGACCACGGCUUGACUUGGCGAUACGGGCGGCAGCCCCUGCAUGGGAUCCCUUACGGCGAGACAAAGCUUCUCAGCGACUUUAAUCCUGACGAAUGCCAGCCUUAUGAGCUGCCAGAUGGCUCUGUGGUGAUCAAUGCCAGGAACCAGAACUUCUACCACUGCAGUUGUCGCAUUGUGAUUCGCAGCUAUGAUGCUUGUGAGACCCUCCCUCUGGAAAAUGUGACUUUUGAUAUAACCUUGGUAGACCCAGCCGUGGCAGCAGGAGCCUUGGUGAAAUCUGGCCUCGUCUUCUUCAGCAAUCCAGCCCACGAGCGAGAACGAAUCAACAUGACACUCCGCUGGAGUUUCACCAACGGCUCUUCAUGGUGGAAAGAACCCUUGCAGAUCUGGAGCGGCGCCAGUGGCUACUCCUCCAUGACAGCAUUGGACGGAUCCACCCCUGAAGAUGCCCAGAGCCUAUUUAUCAUUUACGAGAAGGGUCGGGUGACUUCCACGGACAGUAUCUCAGUGGCCAAGAUUAGCAUUGACGGGAAGCUCUGACCAUCUGCGUAGGCCCUUGGUAGCCUCCCUUCAUCCCGUGUGCCUUGAUCCCUCCUGGAACUUAUGACUGCCAAGUUAAGAAGGGAAUUUGCACUGAGACCAAGGAAAGGUGGGACAGCCGGACAGUUCUGCCUGGAAGGCAUGGGCAGGGUGCUCAGAGGAGCCCUGCUCAAGCAGGAGUGGGCCAAGUAGGUCACGAGCCUGUCUUCUGUCCCCAAAUUACAUCCUAUGUGCUCUACUUGCCUCCCCUGCAGGCGAGAUGAGGCCAGGCCUUUCCUUGUCCUUUCUCCACAGUGGUGUUGGGGCUGUCUUACUACCUCAGAAACACUCCUGACUAUAGAUGCUGCUACUGAAUUUCUGGGAGGACAAAGAUUUAUGGAGGGGAAGUGGGGAGAGAAUGUGAGAAAGGAGGAAGAAGAAUGCAAGAUGGCAAUAACCAAUGAUACAGAGCAAAUUGUUACUCCAGUUUGGACCAUUUCUUAUCAGUGAAAUCAACUGGGAAGAAGAAAACUGGAUGGACGUUCUUGUAAUUAAUAAACUAAUUAAUGCACCUUUA